ACGCCCCCGGGCCGGCCGGGAGCUGCGGAGCAUCCCUGCCGCCCUCGCCGAUACCCUCGCGCGGAUCUGCCGCUCCUUCCUCGGGAGCGCGUCGGGGCUGCCCUCGCGCGGGUGGGACACGGGAGCCCCCGGGUCGCGGAGCUUCUAGAGAGAAAUUCCAUGAUCUGUACAAUCUUCUUGAAGCAAACUCAGACCAGAGGGAGGAUUAUCCUUGACCUUGGAAGACUAGGCUGAAUUGAAAUUUAAAAUGUCCUUUAGGGAAGAAUGGGGCUUGAGUUACACUUUUGUGGUAAUUUGCUUCCUGACACUGAGGCUGUCCACCAGUCAGAACUGCCACACGAAGAGUCUAGAAGAUGUUGUCAUUGACAUCCAGUCAUCUCUUUCAAAGGGAAUUAGAGGCAAUGAACCUGUACAUACAUUAACUCAGGAAGACUGCAUUAAUUCUUGCUGUUCAACGAAAAACAUAACAGGAGACAAAGCGUGUAACCUGAUGAUCUUCGACACUCGAAAAACAACUAGACAGCCCAACUGCUACCUAUUUUUCUGUCCCAGUGAGGAAGCCUGUCCCCUGAAACCAGCAAAGGGACUUAUGAGUUACAGGAUAAUUAGAGACUUUCCAGCUCUGGCUAGAACUCAUUUGCCAAGCCAAGAGUUAACCCAAGAAGGUUCUCUCAUCCAUGGCCAGUCUCCGCAGGUGAUCAUCACUCCCACACCCCCUCCUGUGACAGGUUAUUCAGAGUCCACUGAUAGCUUACAGAAAGGUGCCUUUUCUCAGAAGUUGGGAUCCUCAGAUCACUUGGAGAAACUAUUCGAGAUUGAUCAAGCGAGUACACGGUUCCCUCUUGAUAAAGAAAAGGGCCAUUCUCAGAGUUCACGGUUUUCUUCAGAACAAAACAUAGCUCAUCUGCUGCCCGAAAAGGUGACAACGCUCCCCACUACCAAGGCUGUUUCCUCUCUGCCUAUCACCACUGCCGCUCCAAAGCCUGCAUUUCCCCCCACCACCAAUGCUCCAGUGAUACCUUCUGUGACUUUUGAACCACAGGGGGCCACCUCAGCUCCACCCCUAGCUGUGGUCACGUCUCAGCCCCCCACAAGCCUCUUGUCUACAAUGUUGACACAUGCCGAAGUUACACCCAAAGCCGGCGUAACUACGACAACAGUCUCAAACACCAUCUUUGAGGCACCUACGGACUGGAAAGGCCCCCCAGAAACAGUGCCGGUUAGAGAAAUUUCCAACCUAUCUUUGAACACAGAGGAUGCCUAUAACCCUGCUACGCUUUCUUUGUCAGCUGUGGAUUCUUCUGCUGCCACGUUACUUCUGUCAAAUGUGGAUUCUUCUGCUCCGAAUAAAAGUGCUUCUCAGGAAAAUGGGAAGGCCAGUCCAGGUGGUUCCUCCCUGAAGAGUGUUCCAGAAAGUCAGCAUGGCCUCCCAUUUGAAAAAUGGCUCCUCAUUGGGACCCUGCUCUUUGGUGUUCUGUUCUUAGCCAUAGGCCUUGUCCUCUUGGGUAGAAUGUUCUCAGAAUCUCUCCGCAGGAGACGCUAUUCAAGACUUGAUUAUUUGAUCAAUGGGAUCUAUGUUGACAUCUAAGGGGGAAACUAGAUGUCUCUUAAUUCAUGUUCUUCCUGGUAGUCCAAACACAGUGACUUUCUACUGACUUGCUGAUCUUAGCAGGAUUUUUGAAGUGUCUUGAAGACAGGCAGAUGCCCCCUACCACUUUCUUUUUGCUUGCUUUUUUCAGACAAUGGGAGAAAGGAAAUGAAUUAGGUAAUUUGAGUGAUCUAUCUCCAAAAUAUUCGCUGGAAACAAAGCUCUACCUAAAGUAAUAAAGUAUAAUUGGCAUAUAAAUUGAAAAAUGACUGGCUGUUUGCAAGGAAAAGUGGUUAGGACUUCUAGGCUGCAGUUCAUUAGCAUUUCUGGUUCCAGAUAAAGUCAACUGUUUAUGAUAUUAAUUCUAAUAGAUUUACUUUCCUUUUUAUAUGAAUUCCAAUAAAACUUAUUCCAGAUGUAUUUCCUUCCAAUUAAAUAUUUGAAUAAAUCUUUUGUUACUCAGUAA